GCCGCCCCCCUCCCGAGGGCCACCGGACGUCGCGCCGUCGUUUCAAAAAGCCUCGCGCGAAUAUCGCGUACUCGGCGCCGUCCAGUUUUCGCGUUUUCCGACCAAAGUUCCACCGCCCCUCCCGGCUACCCGUCCACUACCCCCCUACCUAUCAGGUCGUCACGCGCGCCAGGCGGUUCGCGGCGUUUCGUGCGUUGGUACGGUCGCGCGCGCGCCAGCCAAAACAUAACCUCUAUGUCCGCGUAUCUCCGCGCUGCCGUUACAGCGUCUCUGGCUCUUCAUCCCCUUUGUUUCCGGGACUUUUGAAAUCGCGCCGUCUCGUCGAGCCGUGCCGCCGCAUUCCGUUCGUCAAAUGAGAUGUGCUCGUCGUCCGUCGCGGCCGCUAGUCACCGUCGCCACGCGAACUGGCCACAAUAGUCCGUCGCUCUGCAAAACAACCCUAGGGACAGCGACAGUGUUUGUGUCCGCUGAAGUCGACUAAACACCUCGUCCGUCGAUUCGGUUUAACAGUUUUUGAAGUAUAUUGUACAAAAUGUCUAAGGCAUGCAGGAUGUUGAAUCUGGACGAAGAUGGAUCUUCUACUCCAAAUACAGCAAUAAUUAAAUUAGAUCAAAAUAUGACAACUUUCUUAACACCAUCACCAUAUCAUUUGCUAGAUCAUGAAUAUGGUAUGACACCACAAAAUCAAAUCAUUCCAAAUCCUCUUACAUCACCAUUAACUAAAUCACAAGGUGUAAAACGAAGAUUAAAUUUAGAGUCACUCAAUUUUGGAUAUGACGAUGUUACACCUUCAACAGCUAAGCUAAUGAGAAAAUGGUCAAGUUCAAGUGCUGGUAGUGAACCAAGUCCUGCUCAAAAUGUAGCAGCAAAGAAGUGUUCUGAACGUCCAACACGUUAUGAUACCUCUUUGGGUUUAUUGACCAAAAAAUUUAUUGGUCUGCUUGAAAAUUCUACAGAUGGUGUUGUUGAUUUAAAUAUAGCAUCAGAAAAGUUGGAUGUACAAAAACGAAGAAUAUAUGACAUAACCAAUGUUCUAGAAGGUAUUGGAAUUUUGGAAAAAAAAUCCAAAAAUAAUAUUCAAUGGAAAGGUGGAAAUGCAUUUGGGUCGGACAAAAAUAAUGUUCAACAAGACUUAGAAAAAAUGAAAGCCAAAGAAGAAGAAUUAGAUAAUUUGAUUUUAAAUACUGAACGAGAUAUAAAACAACUGACUGAAGAUAAAAGAUUUGGAUAUGUAACUUAUCAAGAUAUUAGGUCUAUUGAAUCAUUUAGACAAAAGACUGUUUUGGUUGUUAAAGCCCCUCCAGAAACUGAAUUACAAGUACCUCAAGAUCAUACUGAUGGAGAUCAAAAGAUGUAUAUGAAAAGUAACACUGGUGAAAUAGAGGUGUUCUUAUGCCCAGAGUAUAAUACCAAUACAAUUUUACACCAACCACAAAGCCAGUUAAGGCCGUAUACAUCUCAGGGUUCCAAUAAUUCAACAAUUGGCAAUACGGUUAUAAAAUCGCCUCAAAAAUCAUCAGUUAUUCAACAGUCACCAACAUAUUUGUCACACAAAUAUAAAAUGGAAAACAUCAAGGAAUCAGAAACUGUAGAAAAUGUAGAGAAUACAACAAUAAGAAAAUUCAAGGAAGAGCCAUUGGAUGAUCAGCAAUAUAUACCUAGUACAAGUGGUUCUGCCAAAGAUACAUUUGAGAUAUCUUGCGAACCUUUCUUGAUGCUUGAACCUCCAAACGAAGAUGACUACAACUACUGUCUGGACUCAGAUGAGGGUCUUGGUGACUUGUUUGGCUUCAGGUUAUAAAUAGGUUAAUACAAUAAUUUUUAGUAUAUAUAUAUAUAUAAAUGUGUGUUUUUUUUUUUUGCAAAUUGUAAAUCCCUUUGUUUUUCUCCCUUGUAUAACAAUUCUUUUGUUUACUUACCAUUUGGUAUAUCUAUUUAAUUAAACAAUUUUUUAUUUCAUAUUUUUUUUUAAACGAAAUUUUAAUUUAUCCCAAAUUAAAUUUGCUCGAAUAACUAUUAUUUAAAAACCAUUAAUUUUACUAUGUAUUAUGUUUUUAUUUUAGUUUCCAAUCUAUUUUUUAUUUUUUGGACAUACAAUUAUUUUGAUAUCAAGGUACAAAAAUAAGUAUUUUCAAGUAUCGUUGUAUUUGAAAUUAAAAAUUCGGUUAUGAUAAUGUGUUCAUAUUAUUAUUUAUUUUGUUUUAACCAAUUUUAUUUCUGUUUAUGUUCUUUUCGUUAAUGUGCAAUUUUUGGUCGUUUAUUUACUAGUAAUUUGUUACUAUGCUAAAUAUGCGCUAUUUUUAAAAGAGACAAAAUUAUAUUUUAUGCUAUUUAGUGCCUUUUAUUUGUUAAAAAUAAAUUUUGAGCUUUCCCUUAAAAUAAAACUGUUGUACAAGGAAUGGGUAUGCUCGCCAUUCAGAACUGAAACACACCUUGUGUAUUAUAAAAUCAAUUUCUGUAUAUUAAAAUGUCUAAAAUAUAAAUUGUAUAUUUUAUUACUUUUAGAUUUAGAAUUUACCUAUAGUGAUUAAGUGAAAAUUAGAAUUAUAAUUCCAAAAUUAAUUUUGUAAAUUUACCUUUAUGUAAGUACUCAAAUUUGUUUUUUUUAUACACUUGUAUAUUGAGACAAUGUAUUUUUUUCUCUUCAUGAUCUAUACCCAAUCCGGCGAUCUCAAUCGAUUGAUACACUACAUUAUACCUGAUGUCCAUUUUGGAUUAAAAUGUAUUUUAACACUACAAGUUGUUGGUUACUCAUCAUAUACAAAUAUGUAGUGUAUGUUUUUACAAACCUAUUUAGUCUGAACUCUGAAGGUCUUUGUAUGUGUAUUCCUACCACGUAUAUUUAUCGCGAUAAUGUUCUUGCAUAGAUGUGAAAUUUAGUUCAAGAUCAACCAAUUUUAUAAUUUGCAAACAAAUUGUUUUGAAUUAAUUAAUCUUACCAAUAUUUAACAUUAAAAAAUACUGUAUAUAUCAGUGACUUAACCUAAAGUGAAGACUCCUAAAUUUGAAACUCCUGCAACAUUUUGGGACACAAUGAAAUUCUGUGUCGGCGAUCCUAAAUAAUCAGGGUACCGUAACCACCAAUAAGAGCCCCCCCACCAGCUGAGAAUUGCUGAUAUACAUCAUCAGUUUCUAGUUUACUUUUUAAAUGGUUUUAAUAUAGUAUAUUAUCUAUUGUGCUAUCAAUGACAAUUUGGUUUAGCAUUCAGUGAGAUUAGUGAAUUGGUUUCCGUAUUAAUCAAAUGUUCGUCCAAUUGCAUUUUACCAUGCACUUUUAGCUAAUUAAGUACCAAUCAAUUGCUUUAAUGUAAAUUUCACAAUCUUCUUGAGUCUUAUUGUUAAAUAUAUUUUCCACAGGUCGGUAAUUUUUGAAAUACAUUUGAAUGAAAAAUUUCUGAUAAAUAUCUACCUUAAAUCUGAAACUCACCUUUUGUUUUGGUAUUUUUCUUCUUUAUUAUUAUUAUUAUUAUUAUUAUUAUUAUUAUUUUUUUUUUUUUUUAGGACAACAUGCCAAUGUAAUUUAUGUAUUUAUUAUUAUUAUUUUAGUUUAAUUAUUAAUAUACAAUAGACAUUUUUGAUUUACAGUUUUAUUUUAAUAAAUUUAAAACAAAAUUAUUGUCUAGUUUAUACCAAUCUAAUAAAGUCAGAGGUUAUAAUAAAUGAAUGUUGAAUUUGAAAUUCAAAAAAUUAGUGAA